CGCCUUGCUGCUCGCCGUCACCUUUCUGCUUGCCCCCGCCGCCACGGAGUCGCUCGCGGCCGUGCAGACGGACCAGACGACCACUGAGAGCGGGUCCACCCUGUCGGCGCACUGCUGCAAAGACGAGGAGGAAGCGGUGGCCAAGCCUGCCCAGCUUGUUGUUGGUGAUCUAGCGGACUUGGCAUCAGCGGAGGAGCAAGGCCAUAAGCCUAGCUCUCACCGGAGUAACAAAAAGAAGAUCCACCACCACCACCACGAUGACGACGAUGAUGACGACGAUGAUGAUGAUGGUGGUGGUGGUGAUGAUGAUCAUGAUGGCAACGACGAUGACGACGACGACGAUGGUGGUGGUGGUGGUGGUCGUCGUGAUGAUGAUGAUGAUGACAACGACGACGACGACGAUGAUGAUGGUGGCGACGAUGAUAAUGAUGAUGGUGGCGACGACGAUGACGACAAUGGCCGAUCCCACUCGGGCCACGACUGUGACUCAGGCUCUGACUGUGAUGGUGAUGACGACAACUCAAAGGGCAGGAAGAAGAAGCCCUCAACUCCAGAAAAGAAGGAAGUCCCGGGAGGAAACCGGUAAGAAGAAUGACGAGCUUCCUAAAAUGACCAUAUAUAUAUGGGCAUGCGAGCUUACUUCGUCCUUCAAGUCAUUACUUGCUUCAAGAUCAUGAUAGCGAGCUUAUCUUUAAACAUGUAUUAGCCAUAAACCUCUGUACGUGCAUGCACUUUAAAGUUAUGUAUCUGGCUACAACCUACAGACAAUGAAGUCCGCACACAAAUAAGCGCAUCACUCCGUAUUAAACCCUCUGUUUCUGAAUAUAAGAUGUUUUGGCAGUUC